ACCUAGUGUCACGUUUAACUGCUAUCAACUGCCAUUUGCAAUCAGUUUGCGAAAUCUGACGAGACCUUCUGUUUAGUGACCACUUUCAUGGAUCGGAGAAAUGAAAGUUCAUACAUGUGAACGGACCUUUAGAGCAUUACGAAUUUAUAUGGCGGCGUGGUGCUUUUCAUGAUUGUCAUCUACCGAAACUUUAUAUCGAUUUUUGUUUUAUCACGUAUAAAAUAUAAUUUAUAAUUCCAAAUUAUUUAUUAAAGCUAAAUUAUUAAAAAUAUCGAUAAUUCUGAUCAACUGUCAUCAUUGGAUGGAGUAAUACUUUUUUAUGCUAAGAAUUAAAAUUAGAAUCUCUUUAGUGACGUCAUACGUUAGAAAAACAAAGUCUGUCAGUCUGUUUCCGUCUACCAAUGAGACGUAUUUACGAAGUUGAAAGUCGAAUCUAAUAAGAUCACAAUCUGACCGGACAUCUAAUAUCGAAGAAGCGAGAAUAAUAGCUGAUACAUCUUUCAUCCUCAAAUUUAUUAAUACUGAUAUUAAAAAUGGUGAAGCGGAAAUUACCGAGCAAUUGGAUAACUGUACAUUCUAGAAGUCACCCUGAUAGAAUUUAUUAUUUUAAUGUAAAAACAAAUAGAUCUACAUGGGCUGUGCCAGUCGAUGAGGAUGAAGACAAUAAGAUAAAUAAUAAAAGACAGAAAAGCAAUCAUGAAGAGACACAGGCAUCGAAAACACCUGAAAGAAAUCCUGAAAAUAGAAAGACAUCUUGCCAACAAGGAUUAAAUAAUAAAGUUAUAGACACACCACAGAUGAAAAUAAUUCGAGAAAAAAUGCUGCAAAAGUUAAUUGCCAAAGAUAAACCUGUUGCUUCAUCGUCAAAAACAUCAGCCAAGUUGGCAGAAAAUAAACCAGUUUCUUCUUCGAAAAGAAUAUCAAGAUUAACUAAAAAUGAUGAAUCAAAAUUGGAUAAAAAUGAUAAUGAAAAAAGAACAGUUAAACCACAAGCGUCUGGUUUUACAACAUUUACACCACAAAUGUCUGUUCUUUAUGAAAAAAUUCAGCUGCGGAAUUUAAUAAAUAAAUCUAAUUCAGAUAAAAAGUUGAAGAUUAAUGCUAAAAGUAAACAGGAAGACUUGAAUAUUACAAGCCAGAGAUUAAUAAAAACCCAAGAGAAUCGAGAAAAGAGUCCAAGAGUCAGACGUCAAGAAACUGCGAAUCAAAAUAAAAAUGAUGUUCAGCAACGUCAAAAUAAAAUAGAGAAUGUUCAAAAAGCGCACAAUCAAAAUAUUUUAAAGAGAAGACAACCAAAUCCUACACAAAAAAAAAAUAUUGCAAAAGAAAGGAUGCGUAUAUUAAGAAAAAAUUUAAGUUUAGAUAAGGAGAAACUAAAAGAAAUUGGACGUACUAUAAUCAACGAAAAAAAUCCACAAAAGCUUACCAAACCCAACUCUUACAACAAAAACAAUUUAGGAUCGUCAUGCUUAUAUAGAAAUGUUCAAGUUCGACUUACGAGAUUGCAUCACAGAAUUCUAAAGGAUGCAUUAUAUAAAAAUAGUGUCACAUCAAAUGACAAGUCACAGGCUCAACAAAAUAAAGAACUAGUUAUUGAGAAUGUGACAAAAGAAAAAUUAAUAGAACAGGCAAAACAAGAAGUUCUGUAUGAGGAAAUGGAUUGGGAACCAUUGAAUGAUGAAGACAUCACACAGGAGAUUGAAGUUGUAAGAACACAAUUGGGCAGUAAAAAUCAUGUGGAGACAAAUUAUAUAUCGGGAAAUACUGUAGAGUUAAUACAGCAUAAUGAAUCAGGAACAGAGCCACAAGAGAAGUGUCCGUUGUAUAUUGUUGUGGAUACAAAUGUAUUUCUUUCAAAUCUUAAAAUUAUUGAAGAAGCAAGAGAUGCAAUAUUUAAAAAUUAUCCACGUCCUUUCAUUGUAAUUCCGUGGACUGUGAUACAUGAAUUAGAUUAUAUAAAGAAUAAUAAAUCUACACAUGAGUUAUGGAUAAAAGCUAGGAAAGCUAUAUCCUUUAUUCAUGAACAUUUUGCCUCUAAACAUCCACGUAUCAUAGGUCAAACACGAGAACAGUCAGUACAAAAUAAAGACGAAUUUUCUCUUACUUGUCCAGAUGAUGAGAUCUUGCAAUGCUGUUUACAAAUUUGUAAAUUACAAAAAUCUGUGGUUUUAUUAUCAUACGAUAAAAAUCUCUGUAAUAAAGCAAUGAUAUAUAAUAUAUUGGCAUUGGGACGUAAUGAUCCUCUUGAGAAAAUAGAUUAUUAUAAUGUGAAUGACAAAGUAAUAAAUUAUUUAACUGAUGGUCUCAUCACAGAUUCUUUCUUCAACGAUGAAUUACGCUUAGCAGAUGAUGUUUUUGAAGAUACGAAAAUGACUAUGAAAGACUUUUUGUCAAUAAUUAUCAAGAAACAAAUGUCAGAAAUUUAUGGAGCAGAAGAGUGGGAGUUAUAUAUCAUCAUAAAGCCACCUUGGACUAUAGUAACUGCAUUAAAGUGUGCUAUAAAGCACUGGAUCGCUGCAAUAAAUGAAUCGUUUCAAAGACGUGCUGAAUACAUUUUGAAGGAAUUACUUCAAGCGUUUGAGCGUUUACCAGUUGGUGGCAGAAAACUGGAAGAUGUGGAAUACAUCUUAGAAAAGUGCAGCGAUUUAGUACAAGCAGUUAAAGCAGAUAAACAUAGUGAACUUAUUACUCAAACGUUUAAUGCAAUUACGGAACUCAAGAAGAAAUGUCGUAGUUAUAUCAUUAAUAUACAACAGAAAAAAUUGCACUGUAAGAUAGGCACUAUAGAAGAUGUCCAAGAGCAAGAAAUUAGAGCAGGAAAAGUAUUCCAAUACUUCCAACAUGUUUAUAAUUACGCGCGUGACAUAUGUGGUACGGCAUGUAGCAAUGCAGGAAUAGCGCAUUCUUUUAAUUUCAAGCCUGUAAAUUUAUCGUUGUUACCUACACCUAUAGAAUAUCUGCGACCAGAGAUCUCGAAAAAGGUGGCCGAUUUAACACAGAGUCUUAAUAAGAUACUUCUCCAAGCUGAACAUUCCAAUAUAAAAUAUCAAACAUUACUUUGUUUGCAACAAAAUUUAAACACAUUUUUGACUGACACAGAGAGACAAACAUUUGAUGUAACACCUUUGGAUAUAUAUUACUGUAUAAUAUUAAAAGAAGAGCCAUUGAAAACUGGAUUGAAGCAGUUACAAGAUUUGACUACACAUUUUUGUGCUUUAGCUCUUCACAUAUAAAUAUAUAUUUUAUAUACAUCAAUAAUUCUCUCGUUAAUUUAUUUUACGUGUAGAAACAUUAAUUAAAUAUUUCGACAAAAUG